GUCCAUCUUCGACCUCACUACGCUUUUCACAUCAAGCUCACCUUCGACAUCUUGGUCGUGCUCUGACCGUACGCUACGCACCAAGUCAUCCCGCACCAAUCCGCUUGCCAAGAACGCACCUUCAAUUGGGCGUGCCCGCGGCGGCUCUGGCCGCGUGCUUGCACCAUGCCACCCCCUAGCAGCCACAUGAGCAGCGCCUACAAAUUCAAGCCCGGUGGAAGUCUCAAAUUCAAAGGGGACGAUUCGAGCAAGUCCAAGAAGAAGAAGAAGAGCAGCAGCAGCAGCAGCAGCAUCGGCGGCGGCGGCAACAGCAGCAGCAAGCAUAAGAGCUCUCCGACCUUGUCUCCCGAUGCGCACGAUCCCAGCGUCGCUUCUUCCUCCUCCUCCUCCAAGGCCAUCCUAAACGACGAUCAGCACGGCCAGCUCAGCUCGCACGAUCCUGAAGCUCAAAGCUUGAUGCUUCGAGAGCAAGCGUUGGUGGAAGAUUCUCAAGAUAACAAUGUCGCCUCUUCCUCAAAGUCAAAAACCGGUCGAACCAUGACGGAAGCUGAGAGAAAGUUUCAGGAAGUCAGGUUGAAGAGGAUGAGGGAACGAGUGGCCAAAGAGGCUAAAAAGAGUCACAAAGAGAAGGUCGACGAUUUCAACAAGUACCUUGAAGUGAUCGCAUACAGUCGGCUAUGCUCUCGAGUUUGGGCCAUCGUAAACACGCGAGCUCGUGCCGCAUCUCGCAAAGCAUCUCAUCGAGCAAUCACAUCCUCGAGCACUCAAGACUGACACGCAGAGCCUCCGUUCCAUCUCCAAUCGGCCUUGCGCGCAUCGUCAUAGCUCAAACCGACCACUUCGAUCUGCCGAGGAUCGGACCUGGCUGAUUCAGCCCACACCUUCAUCUCGUCGAGUCACAGUAGAUCGAAAUCGAACAUGGUCAUUACGAGUCGUUGAAACGUGCUGCAGACUGGAAUAUGUACGUUUGUGAUGAGCGUGUCGAGAGCAAGGUCUUGAGAUGCAUGAAG